GGAGGUAAACAGAAUCAUCUAUUCAUCGGCAAAUCGCACGUUUUUAAUGUUGCAGAUAAACUAAUAUUUUCCUUUGAUUUUUCUGUGGUUAUUUGGAUUAUUUCUCAUCGAUUUUCUUGUAAAUAGCCAGGAAUGUCUUCAGACAGGGGAAGUGGCAGGGGCAGGGGUAGACGGUCCCGAGGGGGACAAAAUGAUGGAACCCAAAACUCAGGGCCUGAUAGCCCCGCGGAAGCGAAUGGACCCAGCACUUCAGUUGUAUUGGAGCCCCCCGCCCCUGCCCCCAAGCCUGCUUCGAAAAGCUUUAAACCCACAGGAACAAGCAUGAAGAGAAUUCAAAAAGAAUUAGCAGAGAUUACAAUUGACCCACCUCCCAACUGUAGUGCUGGUCCAAAGGGAGACAAUAUGUACGAGUGGGUGUCCACCAUUUUAGGACCCCCGGGGUCAGUGUAUGAGGGUGGGGUCUUCUUUCUGGACAUUCACUUCUCAGCAGAUUAUCCAUUUAAGCCACCAAAGGUACAGGUUUUAUUUGUUGUCAAUGAAUUAAGAAGCAUGACAGGACAGAUUGCAUGUUGUAUUUAAACUAGACUUGGCAACU